AGCAGCAGCUGCUGUAAGAAGGAUAGGAUAGGAUCAUAAGACCUUUCUUGGGAACAAGCUUACAUUUACCCCACACAUAACAGGGAGUGAUUCUGCUUUUCACAGUAAUAUUUCAUGAUAGUCUGACUUGUCAGAUAUGGGCCAAGUAAAUAGGGGUGGGCUGUGGUAAGAGGAACAGGAAGAGAGGAGACGAGAGAAAGACAGAAGGUAGCAGGGCAGAUAGAAAAGGCGAGAGCUCGUCACGACGGCAUGUGAAACUAGCAAAUUUUCUUUUCUUUUUUCUUCUUUGCUCUUAAUAAAGACUUUCACAAGACAAGUGAUAAGCCAAAAACAAAAAAAAAUGCUGCGCUCAGUUUGUAGAGACUUCAAAUGAUAAUGAUUUGAGGAGCUAAAAGUGCAAAGAGCAAAGGACUGACAGAGAGAUCGUUGGACCACGCAGAUAUCAAGGCUGAAAUGGCUGAAGAGGAGCUGCAGGAACCUCUUGUCAUCGUUGAAGAUGGAGACUUUGUUGAAAGUGUUACUGAAAUUAGGGCAGCGGGCGGUUCAGACGCUGCCGUACAAAGCUGCAGCGAGGAGUCAGCUGUCAAAAAGGAAGAAGAGCACAUAGGAGGAAACAGUCAAGAAGAAAUAGCAGGUAAAAUAAACUUAGAAGAGCAAAGCUUGGACAAACAGCAGACGAACAGAGAGGAAGAUGGUGCAAGAGAGGACAAACCAGAGAAAACUGAGAGCACAGAUGAUGGACUCACAAGAGAAUGCAGUGAAAGCGAAGGGCAGCCACAUGAAGUGCUUAAAGAAACAUCUGAGAAACCCAGCAACACAGAGGAUGAGAAAGCCACACAAAGUGACCCUCAAGUAGACAUAAAGGAGCUAAAUUCAUCCGAGCAACAAGCUGAGGGGGAACCAAACCAAAAAGAGGAUCCAAAAAAGGCUCGCCGGUUAACCCCUGACUUCCCAGAGGCACUGUUCGAGCUGCUGUGCACCUUUCAGGAGGGCAGACGGCUCAAUGACCAGCGCUGCUCCUUCAGUCUGGAGAGUGGGGUCAGGAGGAGGAGGUGCCACUCUGAGCCCAACACCUCCAAACCGGUUAACAGAGUCCUCUUUUCCUCCAUGACUUCACUGCAGAAAGAGGAGUUUUUCGACCUGGUGGCCACUGCACAAGGACGGCGGCUAGAUGAUCAGAGGGCGCAGCUUGGAAGGGCUUCACCACCAAAAACAAAGCCCAGAAGUUUCAGAGGGAGUAUAAAACAGCUGUCCCUCUCUGUGAAAAAGCCAGCACCGGUUCCUGUGCCUAAAGACGAUCUCUACGAUAUGAUUCUCACCACACAAGCUCAGGGUAGGCUGGAGGACCAGCGCAGCAGAGCUCCUGGUCCCAUGGAUGAUGAAGACUUCUUCUCCCUCCUCCUGAGGGUCCAGGGGGGACGCAUGGACGAGCAGAGGACCGAACUACCAUGCUUGCUGCAAACCUGAGAUGGAAAACAAGAAAGUGUGGGGCUACUGUGUUAGCAAACCACUACUGCAGCCUUCCCGCUUAAGUUCCUAUUUAAGGAGGACUCUUGUUCAACCCAAAGAUGUUUUUUUGGGGAGGGGGAGUUGUCAUUCCUCCUAAUAGUGUUUCAAAAUUUCAAGAUUGUAGCAAAAACGCUAAUGUUUUAGCAAAGCAACAGUGCUUUUAAUGUAAACUGUGGAACAUUCCUGAUAAAACGUUUACUUCUAGUUCAUUUUUUCCCCCACACUGUAUAAUCUAACACAUAUUUGACAUGUCAGUUGAAUAAAUUCAUUCAGUGAUCCUCACUUAGAAAAUCAAGUUGUUCUAAGUACUGUGCAAUUACAAAUUGGCCUAAUUUAGCUAUCUUAACUGCACUUGGUUUUUCUAAAGCAGCAAGUUUGCAUAAUUUUUAAGGACUGGAAACUUAUUAGAUUUGACAGUGGCAGUAAACAGGAUCAGUAGAUCUGCUUUCUCACUGGAAAUUUUUGCAUUUUUCUGAAUGUUUGCAACAAGCUCUCGAAUGGUUGCCGUGUGUGUGUGUGUGUGUGUGUGUGUGUGUGUGUGUGUGUGUGUGUGUGUGUGUGUGUGUGUGUGUGCGCGUGCCCUUGAUGUAGAGGAUGCAGUCUACUGAUUUCCAUUGUCUUGAUUAUUUGUAUUGAAAAUGUAAUGUAGCACAGCAGACAUUACUAUGAGGAGAUAGCAGCUCCAAGAUCAUACAGUGCUGGGACCAGUUCUCCUUCAAAAUAAAGUAUACUGGAGAGUGUA